CUUCCAAUAGCACAUGAUCAGAACUGAAAUGAGCAUCCAAAUUGAUCAUCACGACGAACUUGAGCACACAUUGCAAGAAGAAUUAUUUUUUCAGGGUAGAGAUGCACCUAUUGUAAGGGUGCCGAGACUCCAAAAGGGCGUGGAAGAAAGUAUCAAUGCUGUGAACCAAGUACCCAAGGCAGCCAUUACUCUGAAAGGUAGCUUCAAGCUCAAGGCUGCGAAACAUACCGGCAGCAAGUUGGUGCACACUGAGGGUGCACCUGGACUGCUCCUUGGCAAUGUGGUGGACGCAGCAAAGAAGGCGAUUUUGUCUGGAAAGAGAAUACAGAUCAACCAAGCUAUGGCUGACCUGGUGGAAGAAAGUCUCGACGAUAAGACCAGAAACGCUCAAAUCAAUCAAAAAAGCCUCAAGCUCUAGAAAAGAAUCUCUGAACGAAUUACCUUUUUCGUUGUCAGUGUAUAUUAAUCUAUCACAUCUCUAUAAAAUUCCGUAACUAAUC